AUGUUCCUGCUAGUAUUUGGUGUAUGUGUUUGUACAAUUUUUUACAUUUGUUGGAAAUUCGUUUCAUCAACACCGCAAUUCAACCAACAAAAGAAAACAACCGAUUUUAUCGAAUACUCAGACAAUUCAAUAGUACCUCUUAACACUAUUGAUGAAUCACAAUUAUCAACCACAAGUAUCUGUGAUACAAAUGCUCAUUUUAUUCGUAGUACAUUAGAAUGUCUUCCAGAUGAAAUUCUUCUUGAUGUAAUUAGCUAUUUGAAACCCUAUGACAUAUAUCAUAGUCUUCAUAAUUUAAAUAAUCGUUUGAAUUCGAUUAUCAAUGAUUUUCAAUUGAAUUUUCAUCUGGACAUCUCCCACAUUGCCAAACGUGAAUACGAUUAUUGUCUUCUAUCGAUCUUAUCCUUACCAUCCGUGCUUUGCCGACUUCAUUCUUUACACAUAUCGAACGAUGAAACCUACGGUGCUAUUGCACUCUUUAUACGUGAAUAUCCUUCGUUAACAAUUCCAUCGCUUCGUUCACUUUCGCUUCUCGAUGCUACCACAUCUCAAAUCAAAUCUCUUCUUGUUAGAUUAUCACCUCAACUAGAAACUCUUUCAAUCGUGACCAAUCGAACAAUUGACAUGAAUGACAAACGCUUUAUUUGUCAAUAUCUCCUCAAACAUUCAACACUUCGCUCAUAUCGCUUAUCGCUCUGCGAUGGUGUCGAUUGUGAUGAAACGAUUCUAAGCCAUUCGUCCAGAAAUCGAUUAGAAACGAUUUCCAUUGAUUUAUCCUAUUUUCAAAAUAUCCUUUCGCUUCUUUCUUUUAUUCCAAAUGUUAAACGAUUAACAAUCAAUAUCAAUCAGCAGAAGUAUUACAAUCAAGAUUAUAAUGCCGCUGCAUUUGAUAUGAUUCGUUUGUAUGUACCAGUUCAGUUGAGUUAUUUCAAUUUAAAUUUGCGUUUUUCAAAUGUGGAAUUCGAACAUAUCGAACAAUUACUGAAUUGUUUAGUCAAUUUGAAACAUCUGUGUUGUUCAUCAUUUCGUGCUGAACUUGUCGAUGGCUAUCGAUGGGAACGUGUAUUGAAACGUUUACCAUUACUCCGACGUUUUGAAUGUGUAAUGACAACGUAUAUUUACCAUUCACUUGAUUUAAAUCUAAUCUCUCAAUCCUUUCAAACCUCGUUCUGGAAGGAAAACAAUUGGUCAGUAAUUUGUGAUUAUUUCCAGUGUCUUUCGCGUUUAACAAUUUACACAAUACCAUUUUAUAAAAAUUUGUUCAUUUCAACAUUGAAUGGUUCCCAACCAUUGAAUGACACCGAUGAUCAAAGUGUACUAUUGGAGAAUGCCUACGACAAAGUCACUCAUCUGAAAGUAUCAGUGCAAGGUUUGUAUUCGGAGACUACACCAAUUCGUAAAUUUCGUUAUGUUACAUCGUUAUCCAUCUGUGAUGGUGAAUCAUAUAGUGAUCAUUCGAAUAGUUCUCUUGUUUCGUAUUUAUCCUCUACUAUUGACUUGACAAAGAUUCGCCAUUUAAAACUUUACUCCUUACUCUCUGGUCAUACAUUGUUUGCACUUCUUUGUAAAGCACCAAAUAUUCAUUGUUUAAGUUCGUCGUAUCAUAAUCUUCUGCAAAUGAUAAACGAUUUCGGCGAUGUCUGGUUAUGUUGGUUAUUGAAUAUGAUGAUCAAGAAACUGACUUUAUCCUAUGGACGUUUGACAUUGUCGAUCGUUGAUCAAUUUGUCGAAUUGUUUUCGAACGUUGAACAUUUAUCUCUAUGUAUGAAUAUGGAUGAUGUCGAUUUUCAAGAAAUUCUCCUUAAACUUAUACAAAAUUUCAAACAUCUAUCUUCAAUACGCAUACGCCUAGCAGGCAAACUAACGGAACACUUUCAAGUUCAAACAUUAACAUGGCUAUCAACAAAUGCGGAACUACAUUCGGAAUUUAAUGAUAAUUUUCUCGACAUCUGGAUGACAUGA